UCAAUCAUACAAGCAGGAUAAAAAAGAUGUCCAUGAAAAAUGAAACAAAUGUGGUGCACAUGGAACUGGAAGAUGGUGUGAACGAGAAGAGUCGUAGAAAGCUCAACACGUAUGCUUGUGCUUGCGUGAUGGCCGUCACUAUUAUAUCUGCCAUAUUCGGUUAUGUUACUGGAGUAAUGGCUGGAGCACUCUUGUUCAUCAAGGAAGAGCUUGGAAUCAAUGACAUGCAAGUCCAGCUCCUAGGAGGUAUUUUAAACGUGUGCGCAUUACCGGCAUGCAUGGUUGCCGGAAGAACAUCCGACUACGUCGGCCGCCGCUACACCAUCAUUCUAUCCGCCGUAAUCCUCUUAUUGGGCUCCAUUCUUAUGGGCUACGGCCCAUCUUUCCCAAUCUUAAUGAUAGGAAGAUGCACUGCAGGCUUUGGUGUGGGCUUUGCACUGAUCAUAGCCCCAGUAUACAGCACAGAGAUUUCACUUCCUUCAAAUAGAGGCUUCCUCACUUCCCUCCCUGAUGUUUCACUCAAUGUGGGACUCUUAAUUGGCUAUGUCUCAAACUACUUCCUUGGGAAGUUACCCUUGAAACUUGGAUGGAGAUUGAUGCUAGCAAUUCCAGUGAUUCCUUCACUUGUGCUGAUCAUUCUCAUGUUAAAAUUGGCAGAGUCUCCGAGAUGGUUGGUAAUGCAGGGACGCGUAGGCGAGGCGAGAAAAGUGCUUUUACUUGUCUCUAACUCAAAGGAAGAAGCAGAACAACGGUUGAAGGAAAUAAAAAGUGCUGUGGGGAUUGAUGAGAGCUGCACCAAAGACAUUGUCCAUGUUCCCGAGAAAACUCGCAACGGCGAGGGAGCUUUGAGGGAAUUGUUUGUUAAGCCUUCGCCUCCGGUGCGCCGGAUACUAAUUGCUGCAAUUGGAGUUCAUGUGUUCCAGCAAAUUUGUGGGAUUGAGGGGAUUUGUAUAUACAGUCCAAGGGUGUUUGAGAAAACAGGAAUAACAAGCAAGAGUAAUCUCCUUCUAGCCACAGUUGGUUUAGGAAUCAGCCAAGCUGUGUUCACAUUCAUUUCAGCUUUUUUGUUGGACAGAGUUGGGAGGAGGAUUUUGUUGCUGAUUAGUUCAGGGGGUGUGGUUGUGACAUUGUUGGGUUUGAGUUUUUGUUCAUUUAUAAUGCAGCAAUCCAAAGAAGAACCCUUGUGGGGGAUAAGUUUUACCAUUGUUGCUAUCUACAUCUUUGUGGCUUUUGUGGCUAUUGGGAUUGGGCCUGUGACAUGGGUUUACAGCUCUGAGAUAUUUCCACUGAGGUUGAGAGCACAGGGUCUUGGUGUGUGUGUGCUUGUGAACAGGCUUGCAAAUGUGGCAGUGCUUACCAGUUUCAUUUCAAUUUACAAGACAAUAACAGUGGGUGGGAGUUUCUUACUGUAUACUGUUAUCACUGCUUGUGCUUGGUGGUUCUACUAUUCCUACUUGCCUGAGACUAAAGGAAGAUCAUUAGAAGAUAUGGAGUCUAUUUUUGGGAAAAAUUCCAAGCCAGAGAAACAAAUUAAUGCAGCCCAAGUUAACAAUGGAUAGUUGAUGGGGCAUUAGAGAUGAUUUGGCCGACGAUACCUAUCGAUGGUACUAGCUAGCUGACCGAGCACACGCAGACUGAGUUAGCCACCGGCUAAGGAAAACGUUCAUUUCCAUGGAUCUCAUUAAUUAGGUUUCCUUGAUUCUGGCUCCUUAUAUAAUUAUAAUUGUGUAAUCCCCUUCUCCAAAACAUAAAUGUGAUCUCAUGAUCCUCACUUCCACAUUAGUAACCAUUGAAGAGGCCCUAACUAUAUAAAGGAGCCUCAUACUUAUCUUUGAAUUAAAGUAAUUAAGCAAAUAGUAGUUGAGAGUUCGAUUCCCAACUCUUAUUAU